ACUCUGUUGGCAUAUCUGGCAACGCUGACAAGCACACGCCAUGUUUUAAUUGCGAAAACGCAGGCAGCGAUUUCUAAAGAAAAACAAAAACUAAUAAGGAAUAGUUAAAUUUUGUUAAAAACUUCCAAUUAUGCGUGGUCGCUUAUAACUAACUUUUGAUCAAAGAAGUGCUAGUGAUUUGUGCAACCUAAUAAACACCGCCAAGUGGCUAAAUCGCAACCCAAAGAAGAAGAAAAGCCUGCAAGCCAGCGAGUAAACCAAAUAUAUCACAAACAUAAUAAAAAAAAAUUACACAUACAAGCGAAAUGCUUCAAAUAAAAACAACCAAAAGCAGCAAAAACGAAAUUGUUGUGGUGGAGAAGAAACCAAAGAUGCAGUCGCCAACGACAAGCUCUUCGAUUAUUACAUAUAGCCCGAGCAAAUUUAUUGCCAGGGCUGGCACAACAUACACAAAAAUACAACCACACACACAGACUAAAACAAACACAAACAUAACUAGAGCUGCAGCUCCAACAACAACAAUAGCAACGGCAAAUGCCAAAAUAGCAGGAGCGUCAAAUGCCAACUCUUCCUACUAUGUGGUUAAAGCCGGACAAAUAGGCAGCGCCGCCUCCAUAUUGAGUUCGCCGCCCAAAUCAGCCCAAUCCACAGCUGUGACUACACCGAUUGCAACAGAGAGUUCCAGCACCAUCUCAGUACCCAGUGAAACAUCCAUGGAGCAUACUUAUAUGCGUGAUGCACCACGUACAGACUCUUCCAUGAACAAUGGCUUGGCCCCGGCACGCACAAUACUCGUGCGUCAUGCUCCGCAGUGUCCAACAUGCCACACGUACCCAACGCACGAGGAAUCUGGAGAUUCGCAGCAGGUGGCGCAUGUUCCGCCUUACGAUGAAAUUGCGGCUAAGGAACUGAUGAACGAGUGCGCACGUAUCGCCAAAUAUGUGAGGAACAAUAAUUCAGACGAACAGGAUUGGCAGACUCGCAUUAAUCGCAUUGGUUGGACAUACACGCAAGACAUAUUGUUUGAUAAGGUUACCACUAUACUGGACCAGGAUCAAUUGGCGCGUCUUGCCAACGACAAGCGCCAGCACGAGGCAGUGCAUCGUCGAGUGGCUGUUGAUAAGUCGAGCUCUCGAAUGCGUCGGGCUUUGGCCAGUGUUGCUUGGGAGCCGAGAACCACACAAUGGUUACAUGCCCUGCUUAUGGAGCACCUUCCACCAUCCUAUAUGGCUUCCUAUCUGGACAUUAUGCAAACGCUUAAAAGCAAGCUGCCCACGCUCACGGACAAAAUGCUAUUUAGUCGUCCACUUAACAACAGCCAAGAACUGCUAGCUCCUGUAAUGAAGAAGCGAUGGCAACCGGAAAUUCUGGCCAAGUCGCGACAACUGACGCACAAUGCUAUUAUGGUGGCAGUGCCAACAAUGCCCACCACCGGCCCAGUUCCGGAACGCAUGCAAAACUGGUAUCAGGCCUUGGCUAGCAUAACUCAAAUUGUUCAAAUCACGCUGCCCAAUUCAAAUGAUCGCGUUGGGCGUCAGAAUCUGGAUCAUGUGGCCGAGACAAUUGUCUCCCUGACGCGUGUACGCAUCCACGAGUUGCGCACUGAGAAUCCCAACCGAGGCAUUAUUCUGAUUGGCUUCAAUGCCGGCUCCGCGCUUGCAUUGCAGGUGGCCAUGUCGGAGAGCGUUGCUUGCGUAAUUUGUAUGGGUUUUGCAUACAAUACGUUGCGUGGUCCACGUGGAGCUCCUGACGAUCGCCUGCUAGAUAUAAAGGCGCCAAUUUUGUUUGUCAUUGGGCAGAACUCAGCACGCAGCAGCCAGGAGGAAAUGGAAGGUCUACGCGAACGUAUGCAAUCCGAAUCCUCGCUGGUCGUCGUUGGCAGUGCCGAUGAUGCAUUACGUGUGCCUAAAAGCAAGCGGCGGAUCGAAGGCGUCACACAGACCAUGGUGGACUCUAUGGUGGUGGACGAGGUCUACGAGUUUGUCAACAAAACGUUGAGCAAUCCUCCAGGUCCACGUAUGCCCACCUCACUGCUAGGCAGUAGUUCUUAUCAGCGCUCGGCCAAACAGCAACAGCAUGUCCUGGUCGAUGGAAAUAUUAACAAGUCGCAGGUGACACAGGCUCGCAAGCGUAAGGCUCAAGAUGGCCAGGAAGAGAGCAGUGUGCAGACAGUUAAAACCAAAUUUGUGCCUCACAAAACACGUGUGCCCAAGUUUCCCAAACCAAAGCCACCACGCCUCAUUGAUCCGUUUGCAGUGAAGCGAAAGGUUGGACGCCCCCGGACGCGUCCGUUGCCCAGCGUUGCACCCGCUGGCGUUAAGACUAGCAUUACAGAUAAACAGUCACUUAGCAAUGACGAGAUGAAUCUAUCAAUUGAAUCAAUGCUGGAGGAAACCCUUGACUAUGAUGAAGGCCAGCAAACAGUCGCUCCUACUGUUGCAAAGGUUACGACGACUGUUGCCAAGCAGCAGCCGACAACGGUGUCGUUAUCAUCCGGCACCAAGAUCAAGAUGAUACCCUCAAGUCAAUUUGUGCAGCUGAAGACGCUGCCCACGCAGGGUAAGGUGAUCAACUACACUAUCAGCAAGAACAACAACAGUCCCACAGCAACUGGCACCACCGCAAGCAUUGGCAGCAUUGUGAAAACGUUACCCACCUCCAGUGGCCAGCAAAUCUUUACACUUAAGACGCCCACCGGACAAACGACACAGUUUGUAACCGCUGCCUCGACAUCUUCAACGGCGGCACAGCAAAAGUAUACAGUGAUUAAGAAUGCUAACGGGAUGACAAUGCUGCAGCUGACAAAGAAUGUGCCAGCGCCGCCAACGAUAUCCAGCAAUGUGGAUCUAUCAAAUAUCAUUGAUAUGCCAAUUGUGUUUGCGGACAACGAGGGUAACAUUGCCGACCAGAAGCAACAACAAUCGGAGCAACAAUUGAGCACAUCCUCUUCGGGCAGCCCAUUGAUUCUUAGUCAUAAGAUAAUCAAGGAGGCAGCGAAUCCAGUAAAACCAGCAGGAAUUAUCACCAGCAACAAGGGCAGCAACAUCGUGAUUAACAAAGGCAUUCAACAACUCUUUACAACACAAAGCGGCACCGUUGGUGGCACAAAUAAGCUUGUCUAUCUGAAUCGGAGCACUAUGAAACCGAUGGCAACUACAACAACAUCGACAACUGGAACACGACUACCAAGUGUCGGCACAGCGCUGCCCAUACGCAUUGUAAGCAGUCCCAAGGCGGCUGUGACGGCGGCUGGAACGCCCACAACGAGCAGCCAAGUGCUGCUGGAUGCGGCCAAUGUCAAGACGCUUAAUCUGCAAACAAUUAAAACGACUGCGGGCACUCCAGUGAUAAACGCUGCAUCCGGCGGAGCACUGCGACAUACGGGUGGCGUCGUUAGCCUGGGAAACAAAACUUUUUCGCAGUUUCAGGUGAUCAACAGUCCUGUGACGACCACAACAAUUGCCGGUGGCGAUGGCAAACAGCCCAUUCGCAACAUAUACUUAAAGUCUGCUACGGGCCUUAAACCCGUCCAAAUGAUAGCUAACAGAUCCCCAGCCAUACCCGCCAUAGCUCCCGGAGGAGCUGCUGUGCGUCGCGUGCUUAACAUUGGCGCCGUCUCCAAGUCAACCACUGUGACAGUUUCCGCUCAGCCAGGCAAGGAUUCAAAGAUCAUCAAAGCACCAACGACGCCGACGACGACAACAACAACAGGAGGCACAAUUGGGACGUCAACGCAGGGCAAGGGCGUGGAAUAAAAUAGAAUCUAAACACAUUGUUAUUAAGUAUAUUUAAGUGAGCUAUACAUUAGAAUGUACUUGGACUCUGAAAUCCUCAACUAUGCAAUAAGUUAUAUUAUAUCAGUUGUGUAAAUAAAACAUGUUGAUUCAUUAAUACAUAUAU